AACGACACCGGCGGGCGCACGGGCUUUGGAGCUAAGUGCUGGCUAAAGCAGGUGUCGGAUUGCAGUGCGCUUGCGGAGGCUCUGGGAUUUCUGGUAGCCCAGGAGCCUCUCAGAAUCUUGCUACUAUUCCUCCGCCUCCGUCCGGGAAAGCUCCCUAACCCAGCGCGGACGCGCAGAGUGAAAAUGGUUCACCAUUCAGGCUCCAUUCAGUCCUUUAAGCAGCAAAAAGGUAUGAAUGUAAGCAAAAGUGAGAUAACAAAAGAAACUUCAUUGAAACCAUCUAGGAGAUCCCUGCCUUGCCUUGCCCACAGCUAUGCUCAUUCAAAGAGCUUGAGCCAAUCUACCUCGCUCUUCCAGUCAACCGAGAGUGAAUCUCAGGCUCCGACCUCUGUAACUUUAAUCUCUGCUGACAAAGCAGAGCAAGUUAACCCCGAAGAGAAUGAAAAAGACUCCGUGCUCAAAUGCUCCUUUGCUGACCUCAGUGAUUUUUGCUUGGCCCUGGGAAAAGAGAAGGAUUACAUGGAUGAAUCAGAACAUGCUAUCUAUGAUCGAUCACGUCUCAUUAAUGACUUUGUUAUCAAAGAUAAACCUGAAUCCAAAGCAAAAUUAUCUAAGAAUGACAUGAAUUACAUAGCCUCUAGUGGACUUCUAUUUAAAGAUGGCAAAAAGCGAAUUGACUACAUCCUGGUUUACAGAAAGACGAAUAUACAAUAUGGCAAAAGAAACACAUUUGAAAAGAACCUCAGAGCAGAAGGCUUGAUGUUGGAGAAGGAGCCAGCUGUUGCAAACCCUGAUAUAAUGUUCAUUAAAAUCCAUAUCCCAUGGGACACGCUGUGCAAGUACGCAGAGAGACUGAGUAUCAGGAUGCCCUUCAGGAAAAAAUGCUAUUACACAGACAGGAGGAGUAAAUCAAAGGGCAGGUUGCAAAAUUAUUUUAAAAGAAUAAAAAAGUGGAUGUCCCAAAAUCCAAUGGUUCUUGACAAGUCAGCUUUUCCAGACCUUGAGGAGUCAGACUGCUACACUGGCCCCUUUAGCAGAGCACGGAUUCACCACUUCAUCAUAAACAGUAAGGACACCUUCUUCAGCAAUGCUACACGAAGCCGGAUAGUCUAUCACAUGUUGGAGCGUACCAGAUAUGAAAGUGGAAUAUCAAAAGUGGGUAUCCGCAAACUUAUAAACAAUGGCUCAUAUAUAGCAGCAUUUCCCCCACAUGAGGGAGCUUAUAAGAGUAGCCUACCCAUCAAAACCCAUGGACCUCAGAAUAGAAGACAUCUGUUAUAUGAGCGCUGGGCACGCUGGGGAAUGUGGUACAAGCACCAGCCUCUGGACUUAAUCAGGCUGUACUUUGGUGAGAAGAUUGGGCUGUACUUUGCUUGGCUGGGGUGGUACACUGGCAUGCUGAUUCCUGCAGCAGUGGUUGGCUUGUGUGUGUUCUUCUAUGGAUUGGUUACAAUGAAUGAAAGUCAAGUAAGCCAGGAGAUUUGUAAAGCCACCGAAGUCUUCAUGUGCCCUCUGUGUGAUAAGAACUGUUCCUUGCAGAGACUCAACGAAAGCUGCAUCUAUGCCAAGGUGACAUAUUUGUUUGAUAAUGGAGGGACAGUCUUCUUUGCUAUAUUUAUGGCAAUAUGGGCCACAGUCUUCCUGGAAUUUUGGAAAAGGAGAAGAAGUGUAUUGACCUAUGCUUGGGACCUUAUUGAAUGGGAAGAAGAAGAGGAAACACUUCGCCCCCAGUUUGAAGCCAAGUAUUACAAGAUGGAAGUAAUAAAUCCCAUCACAGGAAAACCUGAGCCACAUCAGCCUUCAUCAGACAAAAUUAGCCGUCUUCUCGUGUCUGUCUCGGGGAUAUUCUUCAUGAUUUCUCUGGUGAUCACUGCUGUGUUUGCUGUUGUGGUGUACCGCCUGGUGGUCAUGGAACGGUUCGCAUCAUUCAAGUGGAAUUUCAUCAAACAACACUGGCAGUUUGCGACAUCUGCUGCUGCUGUCUGUAUCAAUUUCAUAAUCAUCAUGUUGCUGAAUCUUGCUUAUGAAAAAGUUGCUUACCUCCUCACUAAUUUAGAAUAUCCACGAACAGAAUCUGAAUGGGAAAACAGCUUUGCCCUGAAGAUGUUCCUUUUCCAAUUUGUCAAUUUAAACAGUUCUAUUUUCUAUAUCGCUUUCUUUUUGGGAAGAUUUGUAGGCCAUCCAGGAAAAUACAAUAAACUUUUUGACCGGUGGAGAUUAGAAGAAUGUCAUCCUAGCGGCUGUUUGAUAGACCUCUGCCUCCAGAUGGGUGUUAUCAUGUUUUUGAAGCAAAUAUGGAACAACUUCAUGGAGUUGGGAUACCCGCUGAUCCAGAACUGGUGGUCACGACAUAAAAUCAAGAGGGGAAUACAGGAUGCCUCUAUACCUCAGUGGGAAAAUGACUGGAAUCUGCAGCCCAUGAACAUACAUGGCCUGAUGGAUGAAUACUUAGAAAUGGGUAAGGAAAGAAUAUUCUGCAGAACCUUCUUGAUAUUGGUUUUCCAAGCCACAUGGGCUUUGGUUCAAGAGAAGAAAACAUGUGUCUCCUUUCCAGGUUCUCAUUUGGUUAAUUUUUAUUCACUGUCUUUAAUCUUUCUCCUACCAGGUAUCUGGCUUGGAAUUCUUGAAGGAAUUGGCAUAUUGGCUGUGAUCACCAAUGCAUUUGUAAUUGCUAUUACAUCUGACUACAUCCCACGUUUUGUCUAUGAAUACAAAUAUGGCCCCUGUGCAAAUCAUAUGAAAGUGCAAGAGGAGAAUUGCUUAAAAGGAUAUGUCAACAAUAGCCUAUCCUUCUUUGAUUUGAGUGAGCUUGGUAUAGGAAAAUCUGGUUACUGCAGGUACCGAGACUACCGAGGCCCCCCUUGGAGCUCCAAACCCUAUGAAUUCACCUUACAAUACUGGCACAUCCUUGCUGCUCGAUUGGCCUUCAUUAUCGUGUUUGAGCACCUCGUUUUUGGAAUUAAGUCAUUCAUCGCAUACCUGAUUCCAGAUGUACCAAAGGGCCUACAUGAAAGAAUACGACGGGAGAAGUACUUAGUCCAGGAAAUGAUGUAUGAGGCUGAACUAGAACAUUUACAACAACAACGGAGACAGAGUGGUCAGCCUGUUCACCAUGAGUGGCCUUAGUUGAUACCAUUAGUGCAAGAGGGGAGGUACCAUUAGUUGCAAAAGAAUGAUGUUAAUUGAAAAUCUAGAUGACAUCUCAGAGGAAGGUAUAUUUGACAAAACGUAGCCAUCAUAUGUUACUUGGAAAUGUAUCACAGCAAUCUCUGGGAUUUGGAAUGUAGAAGUUUCUAGGGAAGGAGAUAAUAACUUGUGACCUUAAAAAGAGGUUAGGCUGAUGAUGUAGGAAGCCAAAAUUUAAUUCUCAGAACCAGUCUCAGGGAGUUGUGUGGUUGGAGACCUUCCCUUUCCAUUGGCUGCAGUGCAGUAGGAGGGGUGGUAGUGACAUUCUAAAGACAUAUGUUUGUGUAAAUAUUCAAAAGCCAGUCAUGACUUAAAAGUAUCAUGUGGUCUUCACUCACACGAUAAUCUGAGUUUGGAACCUUCAGUUGAAUUGAGAUACUUACAAGAAAUAUCUUAAAUCAAUUAUUGCCUUUGCUGCCAGAAAUCCAUGUUCCUCUGGCUUACAUGUUAGUAGGAAUUUCCCUGACUCUUGAUGAAUUUGUGGAUAUGUUUGAGAAGGAAUGUAUGCUGCUUUGCAUUGACUAUGCAGUUGAAGAGUUGCACAUCACUUUUGGUAGUCAACCCAAAAAUCUAAGAUUCCAAAAAUAAUGCCAUUCUUUGAAACAAUAGUCUAUUGCAUUGGCUACAUUCAAGUCUAUUUUAUUACUGGCAGAGCCAGUUGCACUGCACAUUUUUUAUACUAAAUGCCAAUAACCACAUAGUUAGAAAAAACAAAUGGUUAUUCUUAUAUCAUUUAAAACACAACUGAUCCCUACUCUACUAUGGAAGGCUGGUUUACAAUAUAUUUAAUGUUUCCCUCACUGAAUUAUUGCAAAUCAUAGAGAAUACUAUCUUGACAUGCUGUAAAUAUGUUGAUUUUCCUUGUACCUUUGCACCUUGACAGUAUGUAAUGCAAGUUCAAUUUAUGCUGCAGCUCUGAGACCAGUUACACAAUUUGCUAUUGUAAUGUUUAUUCAGGAAUUCUGAAGCCAGAUGCUCUACAACACUUGUGAUUAAUUUACAAUGUGCAUUCAUGAGCUAAUGAAAAUAAUGCAUGUGUAUAAAUCUAUAUUAUUUGUAAAAAUACUUUUUUGAGUUCUUUUUCAUCAGUGAAGGGAGAUUUUUGUUAUUUCUUUGAUAGAUUGGUUUGGUUUAUUUUUUAAAACUGUGUAGAAACAAAGUCAAAUUUAUUGUGAAUGAGAUAAUUGUUGCUUUGUUGUGAAAUUCUUAUUUUCAGUGACAACACUAUCUGUCCACAGUCUGAUAGAGCAAAAAUGAUGAGGCAUUCAACUAAAGAAAAUCCAGAGUAGGCAUUAACUAUGAGGGUAGGGUAGAAAGAAAGACAAGGGCUAAGGUCAGGCAAUGUAUGAUAGGAGUCAAGGUAUUUUCCUUGCAAAAUAGAAAAUCCAAAUUUUCUUCUCCAGGGAAUUAGUCCUUGAAACACACACACACACACACACACACACACACACACACAAUUACUAUUGUUUGUCCAAUUAAUUCUUGUCCAAUUAAACAGUACAUUUAUUAUCAAGAUGUAAAACACCAGUUUAGACACAGUAGAAAAGAAGAGCACUUUGUGAUUGUGAUAUGUUGGUAUUCCUCUAGUAAAGAAAUUAUAGAGGUUCACUUCUAGAAAAACAUUUUUCUAAUUCUAACACUGAGAAAAAAAAAUUCUGCAUUUACUAUUUACUUCUUUCCCUCUGGGGAAAAAGUUAUUAAAUUAUAGUUGUUUCAUGGUUCUUGUCCAGAACAUUUUCUUCCCUACUUGCCCUCUAAUUUUGAACCAGGCAAAAGCCUCACAAAUACUGGCCACACAAUACUCUUUCAUUCAAAUUAUAAUUAAAUUCUCUAGCUACACAAUGGAGUUUUAAACUCCAUUUUUGUAGCACCAGUGUUUUCUUUUCUUUGCUAAUUAUAUGCACAUGACUGAUUAUAAAUACUCUGUUUACUCUGACAUCUUUUCCAAAUUAAAAACACAAGACAAUACUUUAAUAAAAUUGUAACACAUUAAUUUAGAAAAGUUUUUCCCUGAUAAUCUUGAAACAGAUGUGCAAAAUAGAGGGAAAGAUUAUCUGAAAUCUUUUAUCAUGAAUUAGUACAGUAGACUAGCUAUGCCUUCGUCAUCGUUGACAGUACAAUACUGACAGCCCCUCACAGUAUAUUAGUUUUAGAUUAUUCUGUUUAGGCUGAAAAAAAUAUUUUAUAUCUUCAUUUUCAUAUGAAUACAAAUUAUUUCUCAAAGAUUUAUAGCGCACACUAUUCUCAGGAAUACUGUAUUACAUGAAUGCUGCUUAUAUAUUUUCAUAUUCUAACUUCUUGUCUUUUUAAGCUAAAAAAUAAUGACUCUGUGCAUGCAGUCUGCCUUGAUGAGUUGUUCAGAGCUGAAGAGAUUCUCAAAGGAAAAAUCACUCUAGAUUAUAGCUGAAAUAGUUCACAAAUGUCUGAGUUUGUGCACGUACUUUUAAGUAAAAUGCUGAGUGACUGCAUGAUGAGAUGCACCUUUUAAAUGCUGCACAUACUUCUAAAUUGACUCUUAGCACAAUCUAUUGUACAAUUGAAUAAAUGCAGAAAUUUUGACUCAAUAAAUUAUCAUUUGAUAUGGUA